AUGCACGAGACGGUGGGGAAGAGGGCUAGGGUGUCCGAUGGGGGUGAUGCUGAUGGGCAGCGGCGUCGCGUGAAGGACAGGAGGGUUGGUGAAGGCGCCGAAGUUGCAGACGACAACGACCGGAGGGAACCUGCGGUUCCCCGGGUCGCUGGGUUCGCCCCCGGGAACGUCGUACGCCUCCGGCUGCACAACUUCGUCACGUACUCGCUCGCGGAGUUCGAGUUCUCUCCCUCACUCAACAUGGUCGUCGGCCCCAACGGGUCAGGGAAGUCCACACUCGUAUGUGCCCUGUGUCUGGGACUCGCAGGGCGCACAGAGUACCUCGGCCGUAUGAAGCGCAGCGACUCAUUCAUUAAGAACGGCGCGGACUCCGCACGGAUAGACGUCUGGCUCGCGGGGGAAGACCCGGGAACAACACUCAAAGUGUCCCGUGUCCUGACACGGAACCACAAGAAGGCCUCGCUUUACUACGUCGACGGCGUGGAGACCUCAGAGCAACGUGUACGGCAACUGGUCGCCACGCAGCACAACAUACAACUCGAUAACCUCUGCCAGUUCCUCUCCCAAGAGCGGGUCCAAGAAUUCGCAAGACUCAGACCGGAUAAACUGCUUCUAGAGACGGUCCGCGCAUGUGACAGACAACUGCUGGACUGCUGGACUCAACUCGCACAACUCCAACGAGAACACAUCUCACUGGACAAAGAGGUCCAACUUGAAAGGGAAACCUCGAGAACCUCACCUCGCAGCAGACAAGACUCGGAGGGGGCAGUGUCCGCACUCAGAACGUACGAGAACACUCGCAAACAAAUCAUGACACAUAACCAGUUGCUCCCCUACGCGCAGAUCAAAGAGCACAAGGCCAGCCUGACAAGGUACAAGACAGAGUACCAGGUCGCAAAGAGACAACUACAAGCGCUCCUCAACGACAAGAAGCCAUUCCAACAACUGUUGGAAUCCCUCGCGAGCGGGUCAACGCAAGAGGAUAGGGCUGCCGCGAAGGAGUCCCUCACUCGUGCAAGGAUCGCACUACAGGAACUCGCUGUACAACUCGCACUGCUUAGGGAUAACACUCGCGAUACGGGAACGCAAGUGGCAGUGUACCGCAACAGGACACACACCAUCGCAGCAGAGAUCACAGAACUAGAAACGGCAGCCGAACAACAGCAGGCGGAGCUUGUGGUCGCGAAGGAGAAGAUCCCGCCACAACCAGCGGUAGACGAGUUGACAGCACAGAAGGCGCAGUUGUUUGAAGAACAGCAACGAGCCGCGGAUGCAGUUGCGGAACUUGUCGCCAACGAGGCCAGGACCGUCGCUCGCGAACACGACCGACUGCAUCGUGAACUCCACGACACGAAGAAACGCCUUUUGGGGAAGGACCGUAUCAGUGUCCUCGAAACGGGCCACAAUGGGGGCAGGGACCAACGUGAGUACGAGGAACUCAAGAGAGCUGUACUCUACCUUAGAGCACACGCAGAUACGUUCGCGAACGAUGUCGUAGAACCUCCCAUCCUCGCAGUCCAGGCACAGGACCCCCUACUAGCGUCGUAUCUCAACAGGUGCGUCGACGCAAACACAAGCAGAGCACUGACUAUCGGUAACUCGGCAGCAUACGCUCAACAUAGCGAGUCCCUACUAAGCAGGUUCAAAGUCAACCUCAGAGAACUUAGACAGGGGUACCAAAGGAAACAACCAGUGGCCAGCGAGGAACUCCACAGGUACGGGUUCGAAGGGUACCUCAUUGACUUCGUCCGCGGGGACCCGCAAGUGAUCGAAAUGCUUUGCCAGCAAAGUAACAUCCACGCGAUCCCGGUCUCCCGCAGAGAACUCACCGUGGAACAAUUGAAGGCGCUGACGGAACCUCGCGAAGGCAGACCCGCUCUGUUUAAGAAGUUCAUCUCUGGGAGAAACCUUGUCACGGUCAACACGUCGCUCUACUCUCGCCAAACAUUCAGCACGGAGGUUGAGAUCGGGUCCACAAACCUGUACCAGCAAUCUGUGCUCACGGAACAGCAGAGGAGAGAGCUAACGAGCACAGUCCAGAGAUUCGAGGGACAGAUCAAGGAGAAACGUGAGCAACUGGACGAGAUCUCCGCCAGGAAGUCCAAACUGCAACACAGAGAGCAGGAACUGAAACGAGAGGGCCAACGCAUCGGCAACAAGCUUUCCGAAUUCAACCGUCUCAGGUCGCACUACUCGUCCCUUGGUGAGAAACUCGCGGCGACAAAGAGGAAGCUCGAGCAGAAACGGCAUGACAGUAGGACGGAUGUCACGCCAAAGAUCGCACAACUGGAGGCGCAGAUCGCUCAGAACUUGGUAGACCAAACGGGCAAGAUCCGCCAGAUGGUCCGCCUGAACACGAAACUGCAAGCUGCACAGACGCAGUCGCUUGAGGCGGACAUCGGUUUUUUCGAAGUCAGGAACAGACAGGCCGCGCUCAGCGAGGUCAUCGGCGCGUUUAACGAGCAAGAGACUACGCUCACCAGAGAGUACAGAGAGAAGCGGGACCAGAUCGAAACCAUGCGGAACACGGCGGAAUACAAACUCUGGGUCGAACAGAUCAAGGGGUACGACGACGCACUCAAGGAUCAGUUGAACGAGUUGGCGGAGAAGUACGAGUCCCAGGGGGACUUCAACACGGAGUACAUUGGAGAGCAAGUGGAGAGACUUGAGUCCGAGAUCCGCAUGAUCAACCACGACGAGUCAUCCAUUGCGAUCCUACAGGAGGUCGAGCGCAAACUCGCAGACGUCAAGGCCAGACUGCCUGCAAUGGUCCGCAAACUAGAUGCAGCUACGGCGUCAAUGUCCACGAUGCAGGCGGAACUCGAACCGAGACUGGACACCAUCGUCGAGAAGAUCUCGGAGAGGUUCACUAACCUGUUCACGAACGUCGGGUCCGCGGGGGCCAUCCAGCUGAGCAAACCGCACCUGUACCAAGAGUGGGAGAUGAAGAUCAUGGUCAAGUUCAGGGACAACGCUCCCUUGAAGAGACUGGACUCACACACGCAGUCCGGUGGUGAGCGGGCCGUUUCCACAGUGCUCUACAUCAUUGCAUUGCAAGAGUUUACCUCCGCACCCUUCAGGGUAGUCGACGAGAUCAACCAAGGUAUGGACCAACGGAACGAGCGGAUCGUUCACAAAGCCAUGGUGCAGAGUGCGUGCGCGGACAACACUUCGCAGUACUUCCUGAUCACGCCGAAGCUGCUCACAGACCUGUACUACCACGAGAAGAUGAGAAUUCACUGCGUCAUGGCGGGUCCCUGGGUCCCGGACUCGCUGAAGGACCCGGAGAUGGUCCAUUUCGGCGAGACUACCAAGUAUGUAAUGUAG